GGCCCAGGCCGGCACGUGACCAGGCCGGGGCCCCGCCGGGCGCCAAAUUCAAACCGGGGCCGCCCCGGGAGUGCCGGAGCCGCCGCCACUUCCAUCGGUCCUGUCCGCCCGGGAGCUGGGGGUGGAGCAGAUCGCAAAGGGCCGUACGUGUGCCUGUGUGCCAUGACCCCCAUGGAGUGCGGAGCGUUCCCGUCGCUGCCGGGCAGCCCCCGAUCCCGGCUGUCUGAUCCCUGCGCGUAGGGCAGCUCGGUUUGUUUUUCGCUGGACUCUCUGCUUUGUAUCAAUGAUUUGUUCCUCUCCCUUUCAAUGGAGAGUGACAGUAUAGAUCAAUAAUGAGGACCAGCCCUCGCAGGCCCUUAAUUCUCAAAAGACGGAAACUGACCCUCCCACAGAAGGAUGAAUCCAGCACUUCAGCAAGAGAUGAGAACAGAGGUCAGGAUGAAAAGACUCCCAAGCAGGAGCACAGCCAGGAGGACCAACACAACAGACAACCCAGAGACAAAAGGGACGGUGGCCUGCAGAAAUUCCCAGCAGGAAUAAAGAUAAUUGACCAUCCUACAAUGCCCAACACACAAGUGGUGGCCAUCCCUACAAAUGCUGAUAUCCAGAGCAUCAUAGAGGCAUUGACGGCAAAAGGAAAAGAAUGUGGCAACAAUGGACCCAACAAGUUCAUCCUCAUUAGCAGUGGGGGCACGUCCCGUUCAGCAGGUCCAGCACCAGCACAGCAUCUCCCAUCAGAGAAGAAAGCCAGUGCAGCAGUCAAGGCUGCAGAUGGUCCAGAAAGGGAGAAGAAUGUUACACAGACACCUGGUCUUGCAGGCAGGACAGCGCUCUGGCAUUCAGGAGUUGAUUCUGCAGGUGGACAGGAACAGGAGAGCAACAGCAGUGGUGAGACAAUGAGCUCUGUGUUGGACAAUAGUCUCACUAACAUCCAGUGGCUGGGGAAGAUGAGAUCUGAUGGGCUUAAUCCCUCUUCUGUGAAGCAAGACACAGAGAAAGAGAACCAAAUGCCUCUGCAGGAAAGAAUCAAGACUGAAGAAGAAGCUGCUGCUGCUAUUCCUACUGCUGCUGCCUCCUCAUCAUGGCAGGAUUCAGUGUCAGAACGACCUCCUUACUCCUACAUGGCCAUGAUCCAGUUUGCCAUCAACAGCACUGAGAAGAAGCGUAUGACUCUGAAGGACAUCUAUACCUGGAUUGAGGAUCAUUUCCCUUAUUUUAAACAUGUAGCUAAGCCAGGUUGGAAGAACUCCAUUCGGCACAACCUGUCCCUUCAUGAUAUGUUUGUCCGUGAGACAUCUGCUAAUGGUAAAAUCUCGUUCUGGACUAUUCACCCUGAUGCAAACCGUUGCCUAACAUUGGACCAGGUAUUUAAGCCGCUGGAAUUGGGGUCACCAACAUCGCCUGAAUGCUCUGAAUCACAGCAAAAGAGUCGUCUUCCAGAUACCCUGAAGAACGUGGGAAGCAAAAGUGAACCCCAGAAUUCACGCCGAAAGAUGAAGCCUUUGCUUCCCCGUGUCAACUCCUACCUAGUUCCAAUCCAGUUUCCUUUGAGUCAGCCUCUUGUCUUGCAGUCUUCUAUGAAGGUUCCUCUAUCCAUGGCACAGGGAGCAUCCCUUAACAGCUCAGAGACUUUGCAGAGUAAUAAGCGUGUGCGCAUUGCUCCAAAGAUGUCACUAUCUACAGAAGAGUCACCCUCUUUACCCACGUCUGCUGUCAAGGAAGAGGGUCAAUGUGAUGAGGGUUUAUUCUCCCCAGCCCAUUCCCUAAAGGAGAACAGCUCCCAGCCUGGUGAGGAAUUGGCUUCUUUCCCUGAAGGUGUCUGUAUAAAGGAGGAAGAAGGCUGUCAACUGGAUGACUGGCUGUCCCCAUUUGCCUCAACCAUAACAGUAAAGGAAGAGCCAGGCUUAUUCCUCCCAGACUCAUCCACAAAGGAGAAGAAACAGUUCACCACACUGAAGUCUCCACCUAGGGCUGUUUCUGACUCAUUAGUUAUAAAGAGGCGGGAAAGGCGGGAAAUGGGCAGAUCCAGAAGGAAACAACGUCUAGCACUGCCUUGCUCAGAAGAACCUGUCCUUGUUUUGCCAGAAAGCAACAGCUUUGACCGUUUUUGGUUAGGGGCAGACCGUUCCUUCCCACUGGAAAGCCAGCCUCUUGAACAUGUAUCACAGCUCAGCUGCUCGCAGGGAGAAGAAGGAGCCUUUAAAACACCAGUCAAGGAGAUCUUCAGCAAACUGCCAGUUUCUUCCACUCCCAGCAAAGUCUCAGCCACUACUACCCCCUCACUAGAGGGCCUUGACCUCUGGAAGUCUGCUUCCUUAGCCAAGGGAAGUCACGAGCUGGACUUCAGUCCAGUGAAAACCCUUCAGUUGCCAUUCACACCCCUCCAGGACAACCAGGACUUACUGGGUUUUAACAGCACACCCCUUAAAAACCCGCUCUUUGAUUCGCCUCGGGAAUUGCUCAAUACAGAAUCCAGUGAUAUGGCUCAUGCCCCCCUCACGAGCUCUCCAGCGUUUGUUCGUGAGUCUGCUAAGCAAUCAUCUGCUGAACUGACAGCCUCUGGCUUUACUGAAAACCGGUCACUCAUGGAGGGCCUUAUCCUGGACACCAUGAAUGAUAGUCUGAGCAAAAUCCUUCUGGAUAUCAGCUUUCCCGGUCUUGAGGAUGAAAAUUUAGGAACAGACAUUAGUUGGUCUCAGCUGAUACCUGAACUGAAGUAAACUGGCCUGAGGGCUGAAUUUGGCUUGUUCUGAUGUUACAGAAAGCACUCUACAUGAAUGGGUCUCAGAUGAGUAGUCUAAGACAACUCCUUUGACUAAUUCCUGCAAUAGGAAUAAUAAGAGGGUGUAACUGACUCCUGCUAAGCUGGGAGACAGGCCCAUCAGCUGCUAUGAGCUUCUUUUGUAAGAUGCUAUCGACUUUGUGUAGAACAAGGUAGAACUGCUCUAGCCUUGUGCUAGAGAUAAGAAUCCCUGGAGAGAGGUUAUCAAGAGAACAUCUAGGUAGGCCCUGAAUGGCAUUUGCUCCUCAGGGUAUCAGAGGAAAUGAACACACUCCUCAGUGUGUUCUCAGGAAAGAGCCUAGGAAUCUCAUCCUAGCUCUGUCUUAAUUUCCUUUACUUUGUUCCCCUAUUACUUAGUAUCUUCUGUCUAGAUUUAAUGGGUGUAAAUACUGUACAUUCCUUAAAUUAGCCAUUUAAUUAUAAGAAUAAUUUUAUUAUUGUAGGGUUACGGGAAUAUUUUGACUGGUAAGGGAUUGACCUAGAGUGUUGUCCGUAUGUUCCACACCUCCUGUAUUCUACCCUAAAUAAGACCUCAAAGUGAGAGGCAUGAAGUACUUAUGUAGAAGAGCUCACAUCAAGCCACAUAGCUCUUUUGAUUCCAGAGUCCUAUUAUGUACCUGGAGGACUAGGUAGAGAGACUGUUGCAGUAAGAUGGACCUUUAUUGAAUGGUUAGAGCUUCUCUCAUUACAGUCAUCAGUUGAAAAUGUAAAAAAGAACCUCUAAAGCAAAUGCUGAUAUUUCCACUGUAAAGUGACCUCUGGAAAUACAAGGUAUGUGUGUCUCGGUUCAACAGAACAACUGUUCCCAGCUCUCUAGAACUUAUGUCAAAGUAGGAAAUUGCCAUGGAGAAGAUCUGAUCCUUCUGCUUUCAAACAUGGUGACUCCUGUAUCUACAUACUCAAUAAAGCUUCUGUGGGAACACAGCUGAGUAUUAUCUGUACCCUUCUUAGCUGGGAUUGGACCAUAACAUGAGCAACCAAUUUUUGCACAUCUCAUGUGUGUGUGCUUUGUGAUCACUGAGCAAGUGGUCACUGGGAUGUUUUCAGUAUUCCUCAGGCAAUGUUGACCAAAACACAUUAAAUUUGGUUACUCAACCCACUGCUUCAUACAAUAUACUUUUUCCUGCCAUUUGUGGAUAAAUCCUGACUUUACAAGUCAGAAGCAUACAAUCUAAAACAUCACAACACCACCAGCAGAUGACUUUCUCUAUCUUGUAAAUGCAAAACAAAUCUCAAUCAAAACUCUGUAUUUCUACCUUCCCUUAAAGAGAUAAAACCAGUUUUAGAUAUGUGUGGUUUUCAGAACUGCAGUUCUCUUGUGUGCUUUUUAGAGGUGUUUGCCCUCAGAAGAUGCUUCAAGAACUUUGGUUUAACGGUUAUUAUUUCAGUUUCUCUGGUGAUGAGGCUGCAGAGAAGGCCUGGUUUGUGGCAUACUUUCUGUUAGCACAUCUUGUACAGCUGUCAACACUCUACUUGGCUUUCUCAAGGUAUCCUGUCAUCCUUUGAUCUCACUUCUCGAGCCUGAGAGGAUGUAUGCACACGGCUGACAUCCAAGAGCCAGCUAUUUGUCUCCAGCAAAUAAUGAAAUGUUCUUGUCCUUUGUGUCAAUUCAAGGCAGGUGAUCCCCUGCUGUCCCUAUCAGCUGAGGUGCUUUGAUAGCCACCUCACAUUAUGUUUUGAACAUAGUAGUCCCAAAGUUUAGUUUCCCUUCCUGUUAAGUGUUCCAGUGAGAGCACUGCUAGAGGGCAGUUAUAUGAAAAAGGAGGGAGGAACAACAGAAAAAAUUCCAGAAUACUGCUCCCCAGCAGAUUUCCCAUUGUUUGGACCAACCUAGUUCAAAGCCCCUGUUGGUGAGGAUUUAGUUACAAAAUGUUUCUCUAUCUGUGUUUGCCUUAUAUUCUGUCCAGAUCCUUUCCUUAAGGAAAGAUAGUUAUCACCUGUCCUUCUGCAUGCUCAGUAUUUGGAUUAUAGUGUAGAGGUGUGAUCUUGUAAGACUGUGCAUGCUUCUGUCCCCCCUCUUUCAGUAAGAGCAGAGCCAUACUUCUUGUCUUUUCAUGAACCUGUUGCAGCUCAAGAGCAAGUGGGCACAGCUCUUCACACCCUUUGCAUAGCAGCCCCCAGAUCUUCUCUGAAUGAUGUGCAAGACUGCCCUUAAGUUCUGAUAAUAGAGAAGGCUGUUUAACACCUAGCCAGUAAAAAAACACAUUAAUUUAAGAUACAAUUUUUAAGAGACCUGGGACACACAAAUCUACAGGGGGCCAGCAAGUGCUGUGGAUGCUCUGGUCCUCUGAAAAUUCUGCUCUACACCUGGCAGGAAGUGCAACAGAUGCAAAGGGGAAGGUAAUUCCCCUACAUUGGUUGAGUGAGGUUUUUCCUACUAUGUUACAUAAGCUGAAAAGGACUGGAUACCCCGUGACAUGAGGUGAGCAAGGAUGAUUGCCACCUUUUUGAUUUUGUAGCUUGGCUGGCAGAGGAAGAACUCGAUUCCUUCCUCAUACUGAAGAGAAGAAACCCCGUUUUACAAAGUAGCAGUCUUUUUGUGACAGUGUCAGGCCUUCAUUUCUACCAGAGGGCAGAGUAGCUCUAAAGAAAGGUGAAAAUUUCUUUUUUAGUGAAAUAUCUGAUUUCUUCUCUAAAAUGCAGUAUGGACUCAGAGAGCACAAUGACAGGCUUGAAAAAUGUGAGCUGGUUCCUGAACAGAAAUAGCAUCUUUCCCCCCUCCCCUUUUUGUGACAGAGGUGAGCUACGACUGGAUAAGAAGAUAUUCAGGGCAUAACAAAGUAUUAGCUGCCUGAAAUUAAGAAGAAAAUGUCCUGCUUUACCAGCCAUCUCAGACUGGUUUCUUGCUUUGAAACAAGGAGAGUUUAGAAUGUAAAGGCCACGAAUCUGAACUGCUGAUGCAGGUCAAAUGACACAUUUGUCCUUGAGUUUCAGCUAUGACUUUCCUUGGAAAAAUAAAGAUCGUGAAUACCCUGAUAUACAGCUUACAGACAAUGCAGGCAAAGCAAAUUCUAUUCUACAUCACAAAAUCGGUGAGAAGUUGUUAUAUAGAUCACACUGAUGAACUGUUUACAUAGAAGGUAUAUCAUCAGAAUUUAUCCUCCUAAUUUGCUUCCUUUUUUUUUUUUUAAUGCACCCAUUUCAAAA